CUCCAUCUCCUCCUUCGCAUGUUAGAUUUUCAUUCUUAUCGUUCUUUCCACUUUUGAAUUGAAUUCUUGGUUGUUACUUUAUCUUCUCGCUUGAUGUUUUUUCUAUUAAGUGAAGUUUGCUGUUAUAAUGUUUUAUCCUUUGCUGCUAAAUUAUGUAAUUUUUUUUUCCAUCUCUUAUUUGCCAAUAUUUGCUGCGAAUAAGCUAAACCAAAAAAAAAAAAAAAACAAGAAGAAGAAGAAGCAACUAUAUUUUAUCCCUUGGAUUAACUCCCGUCAUGUACUCUGGAAAAGUUCGGAAACGGUCUCAUUCAACUUGGAGGUGUUUUGCACUUUUUAUUAUAGGACCAAUGUAUUGUAUUAAAUAUUACAUUUAAAUUUUACGUAUUAACGUUUUAAUCAGGCCUUAGAAAGGGAUUGAAAAUUACCGGGAAAGAAGUAUUCCCUCGCCUGAGAAAGAACAACUGAAGUGGUUUAAUCAGUGUGGGGGUCUAAAUGAAUUUUUUUUUUUUUCCUGACAAGUUCAGUAACUGUUAAAACCUUCCUAUUUCUUGUUUCUGAUUUUGGCAGCUGUCCUUCCACAGGUUACAUCUUUUUAAUAUUCAAAUAAAACUUAUUUCUACUUCCUUGCUUUUAGUUAUCUUUGCACAAAAGAUCACUUUAGAAGCUGGUCUUCUGUGUUAUAACUAAUCUGACAAGUUAUAAUUUCUUGAAGCAUGUGGUGGAUUCCGGUGCUCCCAACCUUGAUGAGCAUCGCUCCACAGUGCUGCAAGUUCUACAACGAAGUGUCAAAAGAGAAGCUUCGGAAUAUCAUUUUAAGUUUGGAACAACGUAGUACAAUUAGUUGAUGGUGCGCCCCCUAAUUAGAUGAAUCAAGUAUCAUGGACAUUAACUUUUCAAAACUUUUGCAACCUUUUGAAGACGUGCAUUGUAGAGAGACAGCUUUCAAUCGGCAAGUCUCUCCAUGCCCAAUACAUCAAGUCCCUCUUUCCAUCUUCAACAUAUAUCUCCAACCAUUUCAUUCACCUUUACUCCAAAUGUGGUAAACUCUGCUCUGCUCGCCACGUUUUUGAUUGCACUCUUCACCCCAAUGUCUUCUCUUUCAAUGCUAUCAUCUCAGCAUAUGCCAAAGAAUCCCAUGUUCAUAUUGCCCACCACUUGUUUGAUCAAAUCCCCCAGCCUGAUCUUGUGUCUUAUAACACUCUCAUUUCUGCUUAUGCCAAUCGUGGUGACACAGAGCCUGCAUUUUGCUUAUUUGAGGGUAUGCGGCAUAUGGGACUUGACUUGGAUGGAUUCACCCUCUCUGCUGUCAUUACAGCUUCUAGCAAUGAUAUUAAUUUGAUUAAGCAGUUACAUUCCUUUGCAAUAUUGAGCGCCUUUGAUUCUUAUACUUCUGUUAACAAUGUGCUUGUCACAUAUUAUAGUAAGAAUGGAUUUUUAGAUGAUGCAAAGCGGUUGUUUUAUGGAAUGGGUGAAAUCAGAGAUGAGGUUUCUUGGAAUUCAAUGAUUGUGGCAUUUGGGCAGCACCGGGAAGGACACAAAGCACUGGCUCUGCUUCAGGAUAUGAUUCGCCUAGGAUUGAGCGUUGACAUGUUCACUAUAGCAAGUGUUUUGACUGCCUUUACAUGUUUGGAGGAUUCAUUAGGAGGGCAUCAGUUUCAUGCCAAGUUAAUCAAGAGUGGGUUUCAUCAGAAUGCUCAUGUUGGGAGUGGAUUAAUUGAUUUCUACUCUAAGUGUGGGGGAGGCAUGUUAGAUUGCAGGAAAGUUUUUGAAGAAAUUCUUGCUCCAGAUUUAGUUCUCUGGAACACAAUGAUUUCUGGAUUUUCCCUGAAUGAGAACUUGUCUGAAGAUGCUCUUGCUUGCUUCCGGCAGAUGCAGCGUGUUGGUUUUCGCCCAGAUGACUGCAGUUUUGUCUGUGCAAUAAGUGCAUGCUCUAAUUUAUCAUGCCCUUCUCAGGGAAAACAGAUUCAUGCAUUGUCAAUAAAAUCUGACAUCCCUUCUAAUCGUAUUUCAGUCAAUAAUGCUCUUGUUGCAAUGUACUCUAAAUGUGGGAAUCUUCUAGACGCAAGAAGGUUAUUUGAUAGGAUGCCAGAACAUAAUGCAGUAUCACUAAAUUCAAUGAUAGCAGGUUAUGCACAACACGGUGUUGAGGUAGAAUCACUGCAUCUUUUUGAACUGAUGCUGCAAAAGAAUUUUGCCCCUACUAGCAUAACCUUCAUAUCCAUUCUUUCUGCAUGUGCACACACUGGAAAAGUUGAGGAAGGUAAAAAAUAUUUUAAUAUGAUGAAAGAAAAGUUUGGUAUUGAGCCAGAAGCAGAGCAUUUUUCCUGCAUGAUAGAUCUUCUAGGACGAGCUGGAAAACUCAGUGAAGCUGAGAGGAUUAUGGAGACAAUGCCAUUUAAUCCUGGUUCCAUUGAAUGGGGUACUUUACUAGGUGCCUGUAGAAAGCAUGGCAACAUGGAAUUGGCGGUAAAAGCAGCCAAUCAAUUCCUCCUUCUUGACCCUUGUCAUGCUACUCCAUAUGUCAUGCUUUCAAAUAUGUAUGCUAGUGCAGGCAGAUGGGAAGAGGCUGCAAGUAUUAAAAGGUUGAUGCGGGCUAGAGGUGUGAAAAAGACACCAGGUUGUAGUUGGAUUGAGCUGGAUAAGAGGAUGCAUGUGUUUGUGGCUGAGGACACCUCACAUCCGAAGAUAAGGGAGAUUCAUGAGUAUUUGGCUGAGAUGUUAAAGAAGAUAAAGAGAGCAGGAUAUGUGCCAGAUGUGAAAUGGGCAUUGGUGAAAGAUGAAGAGAACGGGGUAGAAGAGAAAGAAAGAAGGUUGAUGCAUCAUAGCGAGAAGCUGGCAGUUGCAUUUGGGCUGAUUGCAACCAGAGAAGGGACCCCAAUACUUGUUGUGAAGAAUUUGAGAAUUUGUGGUGAUUGCCACAACGCCAUCAAAAGUAUUUCUGCUGUUACCCAUAGAGAAAUCACUGUUAGAGAUGCUUACAGGUUUCAUUGCUUCACAGAAGGAUUGUGUUCUUGUGGUGAUUAUUGGUGAUAACCAAAAAUGCUUUUCUUUUCCUUGUUGCCACUAGAACAAAGAAUGCUACUUCUGAGUGAACAUAAGCUCUUGGCUGUAUGCUUAAACCCCAGCAGGACAUAGGCAUAAUUGAGAAAUCUACCUUAUGUCAGAACUGAUCUGAAAGUAUGUAUUACAUGCUAAACAGAAUUCAAGUGGAUGCACAGCCUCCACUAAAUCUGUUAUCUGUCUCGUCAAAAUGGAAGAUGCAUCCCAAUAUUGACUGCAAAUCCUAUGGAAAACUGGGGUUAACAAUCCCAUGACAUCAGAAAAAGUGCAAGAGGUCAAACCAAGUACGAUUGACUUGUUUUUAAUGCUAGUACGGUGUCAAUCUGUCUUUGAGAGGACACAACAAAUUAGCCUUCUAUGCACAAAUUCACAAUUCAUCUCUCAUUAUUAUCAAAAUGACAUUGUUCAUCCUUGUUCCUUAAUUGAAUAUUUCAUUAACAUGGAUAAAAUCACAAUAUUUUUUUUUUGCAA